AUAGGUAUAGCGCCAUAAACUUCAUUUUUAUUUUUUAUUUUACCCAAGAAAAGAAAAGAAAACACACAUGUGAUUACCGAUGAAAUCUCACCCUGAGAGAUGUUCCAGGAAGCUUCUUUUACAGACUAGCCUCCUUCUAGUCUGGGUCCAACAAUCACUCCCACCCGUGUGGUUACUGUCCUUCGUUCCAGUCUCUUUCAGGUAACCUUGGGGGUGGAAAGGCUCUCCCUUUAGCCAGCUGAAGACAAAAUGGAGGAGUCCCCCAGGGGCUUAAAUAGACUUUCCCUUGUUGGUGGAGACCUCUCCUCUCUCUUAUGCAAAAUCCAGCUCCAAGAUGGAGUUUUGGAGUUGCAUGGGCAUGUCACAUGUCUAUACAUGACUGAGUUCCUUACCAGCCAGGCCACAUUCCUGGGAAAGCUCCGAUGUGGACUGGCAUCUCCAAGUUCAUUAUUAGCUUAAGUGUUUCUUGAUUGGGCACUUAACUUGCCAAUCCCUUUCUCAAGAAGCUGCCUAAAUGCUUUUCUAAGGCUACUUAAAAUGAAACCAGUACACAGCCAAUAUUCAUAACUUCAAACACACAAAUGACACGUGCAUACAAAUAGGAGGAAUAGAUUCAGUGGAUCAUAACCUUUGCAGAGAUAUGUUACAUGGCAUAUGUAGCAUAAAACAUAUUCCAGUUAUGUCGUAUGUACAUUCAUAAGCAUAUUUCCAUAAAGCUUUAUGGGGUGCAAGGUCACACAGACAAUCCCCAUAAAGCUGAUGGAUAUUCCAACACUUAGAUUUACCAAGCCAGCUUCUCUAUUAUCUCACUGGUUACUCAAGAGCCCCUACUCUAACCCACUAGAUCCUACUCCCAGAUCUAGGGACAGAACCCUGGAGUUCUGGCUCCCAGAUUCCCCACUCUAACCCACUAGACCCCACUCUGCUCCCAGAGCUAAGGACAGAACCCAGGAGUUCUGACUUCAUUUCCCCAACUGCUAGACCCCACUCCCAUCUUGGUGCCAUGAAUAGAAACCAGGCCUCCUGGCUCCUUUUCCUUUAACUCAUUACCCCACACCCCUCCUGGAGGCAGGAGAAGAACCCAGGAGCCCAGACUGCCCAGCUGAUUUAGACACUCUCUUCCACACCCUACAUUUGUUGGUCUUAAUCCAAGGCAUGGCUGUAUAAAUAUCAAAGGCUGUUUGUCAGGUCUUUCCUAGUUUGGCUGGCAGCUUCCACCAAGAAGAGAUACCCCUUUGGAACAAUCCCAUAGCAGCGGCAAGGAUGCACAGUGGUCACCAGGUGUGGUCCAUUUUCCCUACCCAGAAUUCCCUUGAGUGCAUUCCCACAGCCACCCCAUGCGCCCAUCUUGUGGGUUGGAAUCUGGUGCCUUAUGACAGUGGUUUUACACACACCCCCCCCCCGCUCUAACCCUGCCCUUCCCCCAAUUGGAAGGACAAUGAGGCAAUGACAAUGCUCUGCAGGAGAGGCAUUGGUGCCAGAAGUGGGAUCCCCAAAUAUUUAUUCUGCCAGCAAAGGUUUGGGCCUAAAGUCUCACAUGGGGCUGGGUUAUGGCAAUUCAGUUCUCACCCAGGCUGAAAUAAUCCCCCCUCCCCCCACAACUUCCCACCAAAACUUUUAUGACUCUCAGAUUUUUGAGCUUUUCAAGGUUUUGUUUUGUUUUUUUAAAUUAAAUCUGACAUUUCUUCUGGGUUGGGGGAAUCAAGUUCUACUCUUGCAUAAUAUUUAUGACACUGUGUGAGAGAGUAUGGGUGACCGAUAGAAGGAAGAGAAACAGAGGCCACACCCAAUUUACAGAAUAUGUUGGGGUUUAGGUUGAAAAUGAAUCACUUUGGGCCAAUAAUUGCUCACUUAGUAGCAGUUUGUAGCCAAAAAGUCUCCAGUUUUAAGCCCUUUCCACCCCAUGUUAUUUCUUAUUUUCAUCUGAACAAUUUUCAUGUUUUGGCUGAAAUCAUCCCCCUCCCCCUGCAACUUCCCACCAAAAGUUUUAUGACUCCCAGAUUUUUGAGCUUUUCAAGGUGGUGGUUGUUUUUUUAAAUGAAAUCUGACGUUUCCUAUGGGUUAGGGGUGGGAAUCCAGUUCUACUCUUGCAUAACAUUUAUGACACAGGGUAAGAGAGUUUGGGUGACCGAUAGAAGGAAGAGAACCAGAGGCUACACCCAAUUUGCAGCUGGCUUGAAACCAGAGCUGUUGCCAAGGUCAUUGGGAAGGUGAUGGAAACUCCUGGAAUGAUUUUGCCAGGUGCCAGCCUGAUAGAAUCUCAACUGCUUUGCACGGCCCUGGUUCUUCUUCAUGCCCAGGUCCCCCUGUUCUGCUCUGCAUUUAAACAGGGCUUAACGUGAGUGUCAAUGGACCAAACAUGGGGAAAGGACCAAAAACACCCACAGAGUUUUAGCCGUCCCCAUGCCCAGCACAGCAAUGUACCAAGAACUUGGCAAAGGUUAUUAUGAGAUCCGCUGGAGGCUGGCAAUAUUGUUAUAAUGUAUAAAAUAAAAAGGAGAGACAGGCUCUGUGACUUUCCCAAGGACACAGGGGUGAUUGGUGGAGCUGGGAAGAGAACCCGAACCUAGGAGUCCUGGUUUCCAGUCCUUCUGCACUAACCUACCAGAACCCACUCCCCUCCCAGAGCUGGGGAGAGAAGUCAGGAGUCCUGACAACCAGUUUUAACUAUUAGCCCCCUCCAUCACUUCUCAAUGGAACCCAGGAGUCCUGACCUGAAGGCCCCCUUCGUCCUGCAUUAAUCUAUUAGACCCCCACCUCCUUAUGGAAACCAGAUUUCCAAGGUCCUCCCAAUCCUAGUCCACUGUGCCCCACUGUCCACUCUAUAGAACCCAGGCAUCCUGGUUCUCACCCCCACUUCCCUCGCCCCUGAAUCCCACUUCCCCAAGGAGACAGGAGUGGGACCCAAGGGUCCUGCCCUUGAUCUACAUGGCUCCAGGAACAGAACCCAGGAGUCCUGCCACAAAGUCUCAUGCUUUAUCUGUUACCCCACAUUGCCACUCCAAGUCUUCCCAGGGGAGUUGCUUUCACUCAUUCCUCUAAUUCAUUGGUUUUUCUACUUGUUUCCAAAUAACGCAGUCUACCGUGAACACCCGUCCGAGCAGCACCGAAUUUCAGAGCUGGGCGGCCGGAGAGCAGCAGUGGCUGGCCAGGGGGUUCAUGUCAUUUGCAUCGUGGGGGAAUUAAUUUCUCUAAUCCUGCUCCCGUCCCUCCCCGUAAUGCCCGCGGCCAUUUUUGCUGACAAGAGUUUGUGUUUUCAGAGUUUGAGGUCAAAAGAUUUUGGGAUUUGGUUGGAAAAUGAUUCACGUUUAGGCCAAUAAUUGUUCACUUAGUAGCUAUUUGUAGCCAAAAUGGAGCCAGUUUUAAGCCCCUUUUCAACUUCUAUUUUUUCUUUUCAUCUGAACCAUUUUCAUUUUUUAGCUGAAAUUCAUACACCCCCCCUCCACAACUUCCCAUCAAAAGGUUUCUAAUUCUAAGGGUUUUGAGGUUGUCAGGGUUUUAGUUAUUAAAUCUGAUGUUAUCUCUAGGUUGGGAGCAGGAACCCAGCUCUGUGCUUGUAUAAUAUUUAUAACACAGUGUGUGAGAGUUGGGGUUGACCAACAGAAGGAAGAGGCGCCGAGGCUACACCUAGUUCACAACCAGCUUGAAAGCGAGCUGUGGUCAAGGUCAUUAGAAAGGAGACGGUAUACCCAGCCUGGGAGGAUCAGUCCCCUUCUUCGCUCAUUGCGUCAUGUCUCGACUGCACUGCUGAGCCUGGGUUCUCCCUCUGUUCUGCUCUGCAUUUAAACGGGGCUGAACGUUGGUGUCAAUGGAAGGACGGAGGGAAAUGAACAAAACCACCCUCAGAGCUUUAGCCCUCCCCAUGCCCAGCACUGCAAGGUACUAAGAACUUUGCAAAGGGGGAGGUUUCUCGUUGCUUUGCGUGGGGAAGCAGAGAUGCAUAAGAACAUAAGAACGGCCAGACCAAAGGUCCAUCUAGCCCAGUAUCCUGUCUUCCGACAGUGGCCAGUGUCAGGUGCCCCAGAGGGAAUGAACAGAACAGAGAAUCAUCAAGAGAUCCAGCCCCUGUCACCAGGGCCAGCUCUAACUUUUUUGCCACCCCAAGCAAAAAAAAAAAAAAAAAGGUGCUGUCCUGCUGUAACAACCCCCCCGAGCGCUGCCCUGCUCAUUCCCAGCUGCUGGCAAACAGAGGCUGGGGACACCAUCUCUGCCCAGCCUGGCUAGUAGCCAUUGAUGGACCUGUCCUCCAUGAAUUUAUCUAGUUCUUUUUGUAACCCCCGUUAUAGGUCUGGCCCAUCUCUGAAGUUCUGCGGUGCUGCGGGCAGUGGUGCUGCCUUCAGAGCUGGGCGGCCAAAGAGCAGUGGCUACUGGCCGGGGGCCCUGCCCCUCCGAAGACAGGGGUCCAACUACUCCUACAGUUACCCACCGUUACAGGAUUUCUCACACGUACCCCCGACGAGAGCGCUGGUACACCGUAGGGGUACGCGUUCCCCAGUCUGGAAACCCCUGUGCGAAUAGGAUUUCCCAGCAGGAAGAGAGGAGUAUUUGUCAGGGUGCACAGGUGGGCAGGGCUGGCAAAGGGAACAGGAAUGUACAGGCAUGACCAGAAGAAACUUGCUAAACCAUUCAUUUCUAUAUUACAUCACAGCAUCUACCCAAGCCUGUCUAUAAAAAGAGAGAGACAGGUGCACCUUUCUGUUUUGCAGAAUUAGCCACCUCCUUCACCCCAGGCAAACUUCUCUCUUAGGAACGUUAGUUCAGCCCUUCUGUGAUCAAUCCUCUGGCGAGAGAAUUGACUGCAUCUGAGACCCCAGUGCCGAUCUACUGCUUCUCCAUCACCAUGGAGGCUUCUCUUGCCGCCUGCAUCCUUGCUGCUCUCCUGGCUACGGGGGCCUGUCUGCAGUGUGAGGUUUGCGACGGAUCAGGGACUAGCUGCAUGGGCGACCUACAGACCUGCCUUGAUGGGCAAGACUCUUGUGGCGUCGCUCUGACAGAAAUGACAUGGGCGGGAAUGAAGACCCAAACUGUUCUCAAGGGCUGUGUGACAUCCAGCCAAUGUAGAUCCGGCCCCAUCUCUGUGAAUUUCGGGAAUGGAAUGGAAAUAAGUGCAAACUUCACCUGCUGCAUGAGAGAGGCCGGCAGAACAACCACAGGUCACCCCUCCUGGACAGGCUCUGCGGCCUCCGGCACAAUGGACGCAUCUCCGGGACCCGGGGACCCCAACGUGACGGAUGCAACACUGGGAUCCGGGGCCUCCAACGCAACGGACACGCCUCCGGGACCCGGGACCCCCAACGUGACGGACACACCUCUGGGACCUGGGGAUUCCAACACUUUGGACACGACACCAGGACCUGGAGCCUUUAAUGUGACGGAUGCCCCUCCGGGACCUGGGGUCUCUAACGUGACAGACGUGCCGCCGGGACCCGGGGCCUCCAACGCGACGGACGCGUCUCCGGGACCCGGGGCCUCCAACGCGACGGACGCGUCUCCGGGACCCGGGGCCUCCAACGCGACGGACGCGUCUCUGGGACCCGGGGCCUCCAACGCGACGGACAUGCCGCUGGGACCCGGGGCCUCCAACGUGACGGUCGUGUCUCCGGGACCCGGGGCCUCCAACGCGAUGCACGUGCCGCCGGGACCCGGGACCUCCAACGCGACGGAUGCGCCGCCGGGACCCGGGACCUCCAACGCGACGGAUGCAUCUCCGGGACCCAAAGCCUCCAAUGCUCCGAGUGUGGCUCCAGCAGCCACGACCUCCCGUGCAGCGGGCGUGACUUCAAAGACCACAACCUCCAGCGCGGUGGGUGUGGCUCCAGGACCAGCCGGGUUUCUCCUUGCAGCCUUCGCUGGUCUCCUCCUGCUGAUGCUUCUCUCCUAA